AUUGCAGUGUUUGAAACUUUUGCGUUAAAGUCGGCAACAUUGGACCGAGUUGACACUCUAAACGAAGAAGACCGGCCACAUGAACCCCAGUUGCGUCAAGUAGAUGAAAGUGUUCGAAAAUGAGCAAAAUAUUGGGGCAAGCUUUUGCAAAGCUGCUUAAAACAACCGAACUUCUCAAACCUCUUAAUCCGGGCCGAAGGCAUGCCAGCUCGUUUAAAACGGCGAUUAUCACCGAACACGCCAAACCCAUAGAAAUUGUAGAGAAGAAACAGGUGAAGCUGAAGGCAAAUCAAGUGCGGGUGCAAGUCAGCUAUUGUAGCUUGAAUUCAGUGGAUAGUCACAAGUUCAAACAGGGAGGAGGAGAGCUGCCGUUUGUUCCAGGCUAUGAACUAUCCGGGGAAGUUUCGGAAGUGGGCAGGGAGGUUGGGGCAGAUCAAAUCAGUGUUGGGGAGAAAGUGGUGGGACUUAGUUUGGAGAAUUUCGGGGGGCUGGCUGAGGAGUGUGUGCUAGACAUCGAUGAUGUAUUUAGAAUACCAACCGAAGUGACCACAAAGGACGCAGCCGUUAUAGCUUAUGGCCAUUCUCUGGCUCUUUACACGUUUUCCAAACUAUCCAAACUGAAGGAAAAUGAACCGGUUGUGAUUACCGCUGGACCGGCUGGACUGGGUUUGGCUGCUGUAGACGUAGCCGCCAACAUCUACAAGACACAAGUGAUAGGCGUAGUGGACACAGAGGAAAGAGGCGAACUGGUGCGCGAAAGAGGGGCUUUCACUACAGUCCAUUUCAGUCCGAAGUUAGUCAAGGAGAUUUUGAAGAAAACAGAAAACAAAGGAGCCAAUGUGGUUUAUGACGCAGCGGGUGAGCCGAUGAUGGAACAUAUUGGUGGAUGUGCCGCCGUGGGGGGCAAAACGUUCUACGCCUCUCCGUUCUUUCACAAGACGAUACCAGCCCCGGUGCCGCACACGUUUUCCACCAUAGUGAGCUUGAAGGCGCUCAGAGCGCAGAACAGGCAUUUGUACAAAACGGUGGUCAAUGACACUCUAGAACUGGCCAACGAGAGCUUGAUUGCGGCCCAUAUUAGCGCCGAAUUCAGCCUGGAGAAGAUCAACGACGCCCUGCAGUUUAUAGAAGACAGAAAAUGUACUGGGAAGGUCCUGAUCAAAGUAGAUGAAUAAACUAAAUUAGGUACUGAUUA